AUGGCUUUUGCUUCUGCGCUUAACACUCCCAAGGGGCUUCACUGUUUAACGUUGCCGUCUUCCCGCAACGAACGGCCACCCACCAGUCUGAUACUGCCACGUCAAUUUCCGGCUCGGUUCUCGUCGACACUGGCCCUGGCCCGCCGUCGAAACCAACGCACUGAAGUGGCGUCGUCUAAGCCGAAGAUAAAUAAGAAAAUCUUGGCGAAAAAGGAAGUUAAGGAUGAUGAGGAUGUGGAUGAGGAUGCUAUAGAUGCACUGUUUAGGCUGCUGGAGGAAGACCUUAAAAACGACGACGCAUCGUUAGACGACGAAGAUUUAACAGAAGAAGAGCUUGCUAAGCUCGAACAAGAAGUAGCAGAGGCACUGGGGAUUGUUGAUGAUGAGGAGGACGAGGACGAGGAUGAGGACGAGGAAGAUGAUGAUGAUGAUGACGAGGACGAUGAGGAUGAUGAUGAUGACGUUGUUAUUGAGAUCGAUGCUCAAGAAGAAGAAGUAGAUGAUGAUGAUGAUGAUGAUGAAGAGGAGGAGGAGGAAGAGGAAAGUCCUGUGAAGCUUAAGACUUGGCAACUCCGGAGAUUGGCUGCUGCUUUAAAAGUUGGUCGCCGCAAAACCAGCAUAAAAAUUCUUGCAGCUGAGCUUUGUCUCGACAGGCCGGUUGUUCUCGAAUUGCUUCGCAACCCCCCUCCAAGUCUUUUGAUGAUGUGUGCUGCUUUACCUGAUGAACCAGCUCCAACAAUAUCUGUGUCCCAAACGAUGCCUGUAGAAACUGUUGUGGAAACAACUGUAGAAACUGUGGUGGAAACAACUACAGAGUCCUCGGAGGUUGAAACUACAGUGAACAAACCUAUUCAUGUUAUGCAACAAAAGUUUUCCGCUCAAAAAAGACUGAAGAAAGCGCAUGUUGAAACCCUUGAAAGUGUUUAUAGAAAAACAAAGCGGCCCACUAAUGCAAUGAUCAGCAGCAUAGUGCAUGUGACAAACCUGCCCCGCAAAAGAGUUGUGAAAUGGUUUGAAGACAAACGUUCUGAGGAUGGCGUUACUGACUCUCGACUUCCAUAUCGACGGCCUGCCCCUAAUACUGCCUAG